CUGGCGGAUUCAUCUCUGCCUGUAGAUACGUAGUAGAACUUUUAGGAAGAGCCAUGGCCUCAUCCCCAGUGAUGAGGAGGAUGAGGAAGGAAGCCAUGUGCUCCAUCUGCCUGGAGCUGAUGACAGAGCCCAUGAAAUCAACUGUGGACACAGCUUCUGCCACUAGUUCCCCUCCUUCACACAGCAGAGGCAGGGGCAGUGGUCACAAGACAGACCCUGUCUUGAGCUUGUUUUUGUCUGCCUGCUGCUGUGUGGGGGUAGUUGAUCCCCUGUGCCAUUCCCUAGUCUCCUUCCCAGGCCUUUGACAAGACAAACUCGGGAUGAGCUAUACCAGGUCCAGAAUCAUCUCCAAGACAGUGAGGGUGGAGGCAGAUGCCAGGAGUCAUCAUGGGAACAGGGACCUCUGUCUGUGAAUCUGAUGCCUCAAGAGGGGCCCCUCCCUUCCCCAUAAAGGGCAUGCCCCACGCGCUGUGUCAGGUCACGAUGAGAUUUAAUUUGUCCCCUCUGCUGUUGCUCUGAAGGAAGGGUGCUGUUCCUACCAGGCCCUCCAGUCAGGAUUCCUGAGUGUAAAACCUCUGGCAUUUUGACAAGUUUCCUCCCUCAUCUGUCUGGACCCGCCCCCUCAUCAGUUUCGUUUCUGAGUUGACUCUAGUCAGAGGAACUUCCCUUCCAGGAAUCUGGAAGUGGAGCUGCAGAGAGACUCAGCGAUUUUAUGACUGACUGCCCUGUGAGGAGGAGUGCAAAGUCCAGGCAAAGAGAGAAGAUUUCAACACCUGUGCAGGCUCAGAAUCUCAGGUGAGGCUUCUGUCCAUCACUCUGGAAAGUCCUGGCUGAUACACCUCUGCCUAUAGAUACUUAGCAGAACUUUGAGGAAGAGCCAUGGCCUCAUUGCCAGCGAUCAGGAAGAUGAGGGAGGAAGCCACAUGCUCCAUCUGCCAGCAGCUGAUGAAGGAGCCCGUGAGCGUCAACUGUGGGCACAGCUUCUGCCGCCAGUGCAUAGACAAUAUCAUUGGGCAGCAAUAUUUUGUGACAUCUUUUAUUUGGAGGGCUCGCUGUCCCCUGUGCCAAACAUCACUUCAAAGGGAGAGUGUCCGACCCAACAAGCACCUUGAAAACCUCAUUGAGCGCAUCCAGGAGCUGGAGCGUGAGAGGCUGUGUGAGGAACAUGGGGAGCAGCUCUGCCUGUUCUGUGAGGACGACGAGCAGCUCAUCUGCUGGCGCUGUGAGCGCUCCCCCCAGCACAGAGGACACCGCACGGCUCUAGUGGAGGACGUAUGUCCAGGCUACAAGGACAAGCUCCAAGGCAUUGUAACAAACCUGAAGGAAACUCAAGACCACUGUACCAGUGCGAAGUUGUUCAUGGCAGAGCAAAUAACUGCAUGGAAGGAGAACAUAGAGCUUCGGAGACAAGAAAUCAAGUCUGAGUUUUGGAAUCUCCACUGCUUCCUCCAUGAGGAGGAGAGGGCUUAUCUAUGGAGAUUGGAGAAAGAGGAAGAGAAGCUGCUGGGGAGACUGCAGGACAGUGAAGCCAGUCUGGACAAUCAGAGUUGUGAACUGGAGAAGCUCGUCCUGGAACUAGAGAAGAAAUGUCAGGGCUCAGCCCAGAAUUUAUUGCAGGGUGUGAAAGACACAUUAAACUGGAAUUCAGAUGUGAAGCUGAAAUUGCCAGAGAUCUUCUGUUUGGAGCCUCAAACUGUGUGCCAUGUUUCUGAGCUUUACUUUGAUGUGAAGAAAAUGUUAAGGCACUUCCAAGUCAGCGUGACUCUGGAUCCAAACACAGCUCAUCGUGAACUAAUUCUGUCUGAGGAUCGGAGACAUGUGACCCGUGGAGGCAGACGGAAGAAGCAUAUCAGUUCUAAAAGAUUAUGUUCCUUACCCUGUGUCCUGGGCUGUGAGGGUUUCACCUCAGGAAGACAUUACUUUGAAGUGGACGUGGGAGAAGGAUCCGGGUGGGACUUAGGAGUUUGUCUGGAAAAUGUGCACAGGGACAGGGACAUGACCCCAGAGCCUCAGUCUGGCUUCUGGGCCAUCAGACUCUGCCAGGAGAAUGGCUACAUGGCCCUUACCUCUCCCCCAACACCCCUUUCAUUGAGGGAGCGGCCCCUGCUAGUGGGAGUUUUUCUGGACUGUGAGGCUGGACUUGUGUCCUUUUACAAUAUGAACACUGGCUCCCACAUCUUCACCUUCCCAAGGGCCUCCUUCUCUGGUACUCUUCGGCCUUAUUUCCUGGUUAAUCAUUCUUCUUCUUUGUUCCUCCCUCCACCCCUGGAGUCAAUUUAAAAGAGUCUCUUUGUUUCCCAUUGUAGAAAUAUAACGUCAGUCCUAUUAGGUCAGGACUUGGUCUAUUUUGUCAUUUGCUCUUUCCCUUUACCUGAACUGGCGCUGAGUUCACAGUGGACACUCAGUGAGUGUGCCAUGACUGCUGGACACAGCCACUGUGCAGACAGCACAGAAGAUCAGCCUGACCGGCGGGGAAGCGAGAGAACAGCAGGGUCAUCCCUCAUACUCAACCCCUGUCACUGGGUCACAUCUCUGACCUGCCAGGGUCCUGGUCUCACGCUGGUGUCUGGCCUCUUCCAUUUCAUGUCAAGUUUUCACGCUCCAUCAAUGUUGUAGUUUGGGUUAGUAGUUGCUUCUGUUUCUGGACAAAACAUUCCACUGUAUGGAUAUCACACAUUGUGUGUUCCCGUUCAUCAAAGGAUGGACAUUGGUUGUUUCCACUUUGGGGAGAGUUCAAAUGAUGCCAUUGAGAACAGUGCUGUACAAGUUUUUGUGUGAUUAUGGUCAAAUUUGGAGGUUUAUACCUAGGAGUAGAAUUGCUACUUCCUGUGAUAAUUUGUUCAACUUUUUUUUUUUGAGAUUUAUUUAUAGAAGAACUGAGGUACAGGCCAGAUGCGAUGGAGGGUGAGCAGAUUCACCAGAGAGAGAGCGGGGAACAGAACAGGCAGGCUGACUAAAUACACUGCUGAGGGGAGCAGCGUGUGUGACAGGUGAGGUCUCCCGAGCCAUGUGGGACUCCGCCGGCCUGCCAGGAUCCAACCGGUGCUGCAGAGGCUGGGAGAGCUUCACAGUGUGGUGCUCAAUUGCCUGCUCCACCAAGGGAGGCCCAAGUUGUUCGUCUUUUUAAGGAACUGUCUGUUUUCCAAGGAUGCUACAACAUAGUAUAUCCUCACAUGCCAUGUAUGACAUUCCAAUUUCUCUACAUUUUAUUGUGGGUAUUUUUAAAUGUAACUAUGCUAAUGGAUGGUAAGUUCUAUCUCCUUGAGAUUUUGUUUUUUUCUGGCUUUUGCAUUUUCCUAAUGAGUGGUGAUGGUGACAGCUUCAUGGCUAAUUGUGUGUCUUUUUGGAAUUAUCUCUUCACAUACAUUGCCCAUUUUAGUUGGGUUAUUUGUAUUUUGGUUUGUAAUAACUUCUGUAUGCUAAUUACAGUUCUAGGUAUGUCCCUUAUCAGCCUAAUAAUUUUAGAAACUUUCUGUCAUUCUCUGAGUUGUCUUUUACAUUCUUGAUGGAGUCCUGUGAAGCUCACCUCAGUAUCGUUGUUAUAUUGAACUUUUAUUGCUUGUGCUUUGGUGUCAUCCAGGUAACCAUUGGGAACCCAAGGGAACAAGAGUUUUUCCCUCUUUUCUUCCAAAAGGUUUUAACCAUUUCAGUUCUUACACUUAGAUCUUUGGUUCAUUUUGG